AUGGGAGCUUGUGGUGCUGAUUUGGAGUUUACUAACAUCGUAGCUCGAUGGAAAGGCAGCACCCAUGACUCCAGAGUGUUCAAGAACUCCUCUUUAUACGCAAAGUUUGAGGAAAGAGACCUGGGCGGACUUCUCAUCGGAGACAGUGUCUAUGAAUGUAAUAGGUUUAUGAUGACACCUUUGCCAAAUCCUGUGACGCCGGAUGAACUUCGUUACCAGAGAGCCCUCAAAAGAACUAGAUGCUGUGUUGAAAGAAUGUUUGGCUUAUGGAAAAAUCGCUUUAGAUGUAUUCACACCGAAAAUACAUUAAGAUUUACGCCACGCAGAUGCUGUACUAUAAUUGUUGCCUGUGCUGUGCUGCAUAACUUCGGGUUUCGAAGAGGUCAAUGGAACAUUGUUGUAGAAUCAUCAACAUAUUCUGAUGAAAGUUCUGUCGACGGAGAUCAGGAUGAAGACCAUGAAGUACAAGACGAUAUUGUGAAAUGUACUUGA